AUGGAUGUUUACCUAGUUGAGGCUCAUCUCUGUGCUUUUCUGCUCCUGGUUUGCUGUAUGCUGGUGCAAUCUGAGCCCAUCUGUGAUCAGACAGAGUUCUUACACCUUAAUGGCACUUGUGUUGCAUGCCCUACAUGUGUGCCUGGAGAAGAGCUCUCAGAGGACUGUGGCUUUGGAGAUGGUGGGGAAGGCGUUUGUAUUCCAUGUGAAGAAGGAAAGUUCAGCACAGAAACAGGUGUGGCUCCCUGCAGAAGAUGCACUCAGUGCACUCUGCUGAACCGCCGUGAGGAGGCAGCAUGCUCACCCACCAGUGAUAGCCUGUGUGGACAGUGCCUCCCAGGGUAUUACGAACUCAGGAGCAUGGCUGGGGAAGUGGAGUUGCUGUGCUUACCUUGUUAUAGUCAUGACAAAGUCCAUAAAGAGUGUUUGCUUUUAACAUCUCAAGGUUUUAAAGCACACAGUAGCACCAGCUCACCUAAGGAAAUUAUCAGAGACCCAGAAGAGAAGAGAGUCAAAGAAGAAACUUUUUCAGUGGUCCUCAUUGGUUCAGCAACAGCUUUCCUGAUUUUCGUCCUUGCUCUGCUGCUUUGGGGUUUCCUCCUGAUUGCUGAGAAAUUCAAGAAGUUUCCUGUAUAUGCUCCCAAGUCUGAAGGACAGGCAGUUUCAGCUGAAGGUUUAGCAAGAGGUCUAAACUCACUGAGCCAUGACAAUGAGAUGCAUCCUACUUCUAUUGUGAUUAAUCUCACCACCAACAUCAAGCCCUCCAGUCCGAAUAAAGAAAGCAUCACACGGGAGGAACAACAAUGCUUCAUCACACAGGAGAUGGAGCGAAAAUUGCAGAAAAUAUGGGAGGUUGCUCAAGGUCAGAGUAUUGAGAUGCUCGACUAUGACUCAGUUCAGGACUUGUCCAUCCUGCUUGACUCUGCUGACAACAUCAACACCCUAAGGAGACUGGGACGGUCUUUGGGUGUCCCACCUCAUGUCAUUGCUCGUAUCCAAGGCUUCCAGGACCUUUUUCAGUACUUACGCACCUCCACCUACACACUCUUGCCCCAGUUGGCCCAGGCUGCUGUGCUCUUGCCGAAUUCUGAAGUUUUUGAGAGGAUACACAGAGCUGUGGUGAACAAAUGA